CAAGUCCAAUCCAGCGAUUGGAGCACUAAAGCCCGCGAGCCAAGCAAGACCCACGACUCUAAAAUGCAAUUUUAAGACGCUAUGCAAACAAAUCCAAAUCCUCAUAGAGAAUAGAAAAGGAAUCGAAACUCUCUUCCAUUUCGGUCUCCCGGAUCACCAUUGAUUUGGGUCGAAAGGAGAAAUCUCUGUGAAAGGAAGAAGAUGAGGAAGGAAGACACAGUUAAGCUAAUCAGCGCUGAGGGCUUCGAGUUCGUGAUUGACAAGGAAGCCGCCAUGGUUUCCCAAACCAUACGCAACAUGCUUACCUCUCCAGGGAGUUUCGCAGAGACACAGCAUGGAGAAGUGACAUUUCCUGAGAUAAGUACUGUAAUUCUGGAGAAGAUCUGCCAAUAUUUCUAUUGGUCUCUUCAAUAUGCCAAUGGAAAGGAGACUGAAUUCCCAAUUGAACCUGAACUGACUCUGGAUCUGAUGAUGGCUGCUAAUUAUCUCCAUACUUAAACUGAAUUACUUUAGUUACUUCUUGGGUAACUAAGCUAUCUUGACAUUGGAUGUCACAGCAUGACAUUGUUGCCCAAGAAGGCUCAUAGAUCAUAGGACUUCUACACCUGUACCAUGGAUUGAAAUUCAGAGUGACAUUGCAAUGUGGUUUAUUUGUCAACUUGUAAUGUCAUUGAUUCAACUUUAAACAGUUUUCAGACUCUGUAGCCAAUUGAACAUGACUAUUGAAUGAUGUAACUUUGCUACUACAGAAGCUGUUCAAGCGUUGGUGAUGUGUUCGUCUCCUUUGAGCUGUAUAUUCUGUGGAUACUGUGCUAUAAUCUGAUGUGUUUUUCAUUCAUUUUUUUCCCCUGUUUUUUUGGCUUGAUUAGUUUCAAUGUGAGAGACCAAUUGAAGGUUUCUGAAA